AUGUGCGCCCUCGCAACCUUCGGCCGCCUGACGAUGGUCGAAGCGUGCACCCACGAGGACUCGAAUCUCGGGAAGGUGUGCGACGAGAAGGGCUACCACUACGAGCGGCUCGGCCUCUUCAACGAGAACGACCUCAGCAAGCCGCAGGGCUACCAUAAGGCGAAGUUCCUGCUAGACGAGAAGCGCCCGGAGCUCUUCGUCAGUACACCACCCUGCGGUCCAUGGUCGAUAAUGCAGAACGUCAACCAGCGCAACGAUCAACAGAAGGAGAACCUUCGCAGGAAGCGGCUCAAGAGCCAGCGGAUCUUCGAGAACAACAAGAGGCUCAUCGAGCACCAGGUGCUCAACCUGAACGGCUCGGCCCUCGCCGAGCAGCCCCACAACAGUCGUUCGUGGCAGAAGACCUGCUGGAAGGAUCUCCACAAGAUCCUACCGUACGAGGUGAUCGUGGAUGGCUGCGCCUGCGGACUACGAGCCCCUGACACGGGCGAGCUCAUGAAGAAGCGCUGGAAGUUCUUGACGAAUGACAGGAGGAUCUGGGUAGCUCUACAACCUCUACAGUGCCGUGGAGGACACUACCACGAGGAGAUAGAGAGCAGCUUGAGGACCGAGGCCUCGGGCUCCUACCCCAAGAUGCUGUGCCGCCGGAUCCUCAGGGCUCUGACCAAGAGCCAGAACCAGAACUACUUCGAGGACGAGGUUGUGAACUGCCUCUGCAUGGCAGCUACCCAGCAGCCACCGACAGAGCCUACGCCAGAGGAGGACGAGCCGACUCUCCCACCACGAGACGGCAAGGAAGCGCACAACCUCACCAACGAGACGGUCAAGAAGCUCGAGAGCUACAUCAGAUUGGUGCUUUUUGACGCUUUCUCGUGGAUCCGUCGCAGCACGAACACGAACGUGAUGGCGCUGGCGAUACUCGACGCCGGCUCGGACAUCCUCUACGUGCGGCUGAUCGACGAGAAGCCGAUCCCGGGUACUACCCGGCAAGUUCGUGCAGGCGACCUUCGGCAUAUCUUUGCUACAAAAUGGUUCCCCUGGAUGGGACGCCCGAAGGUCAUGCGCUACGACCCUGCCGGCAGCGCCAUCUCCGACGAGUUCCGCGAGUGGAUCGAGAGCCAGGGAGUCUACUGUCUCCCAUGCGCGGCCGACGCCCACUGGCAGAUCGGCAAGAUCGAGCGUGCCAUUGAAGCCUUCAAGGAGGCCCUCGACGCUUUCGACGAGAUGGUCUCAGCCGAAGUACCCACCAGCGAGAUGUUCGGACUCCAGACGGCGGCCAGGAACGACCUGAUCAGGAUCGACGGGUUCAGCCCGCUGCAGCGCUAUGCGGGACGGACGCCGACUGGGACGACAGUCAAUCUGUCGGACGAGCCGAACAACCUGCCGCUCAUCAGUGCCGAGCUGCAGGACGGUACCUUCAGCAGGGACGCCCAGGUACGACGAAUGGCGCGGCUGGCUCACAUCCAGACCGAGAACUCUGACCGAGUCAAGCGAGCGGAGGCCGCGCGCUUCAGGUCCUUCAAGAAGUACGAGACGGGCGAUCUGGUUUUCGUCUACCGACGGCUCCCACCAGGGGCCUGGCGCAAGAAGGGACAGCCUCGCUCAAUGCCUGGGCGAGGACGCUGGUACGGACCUGGACGAGUACUUUGUCACGAGCCAGCGAGCUCGGGACACCGACCUGGUCUACCUGGGACGGUGGUCAAUAUCACACUGGCUGGCCGCCUCUACCGAGUUGCUCCAGAACAACUUCGACCUGCCACGCCUUCUGAGGAGGCGAUGGACUCCCUACGCUCGCGCCGCGAGCAGCCGGGGACCUGGACCUUCGGCGAUGUCCAGAAGCAGCUCGACACGAAUGAAGUGAUCGACUUAUCGAACGAGCCCCCGCCCACUGGCGAGGACUGGAAGAGCGACCUCUACCUGGACCGCGACCUCCCAGAAGGCGGCCACGAAGCUGGACUACCCGAGGCAGCUGAGCAGCCCAUCGAGGAGGAGAUCGUCAUGGAAGCCCCUCCCGGCGACGACCAGGAGGAGCGCGCGUCGCAGCGGCCCAUCGUGGCGGAGACUGACGAUGACCUCGACGAUAUCUCAGCGCCCGACGUGAACGAUAAGCGCCGGAUCCGAGAGCCCGGCACAACCGAGCCCCCGGCUAAGAAGCAGCGGGUCAACGCUGCGACCCAGGAGGCCUUCUCCUACUACCUGCAGGAGGGCAACUUCUACAGCGACUAUGCCUACAGUGUCCAGCAGUACGACGAUAUGAAGGAGAACGACGAACUUAUCGUGCUGGACAUCCCUGUCAGCAACGAGCAUGCGUUCAUGGCCUACAUGGACGAUCCCAGCAACUUCGUGGCAUCGCAGGCCCGCAAGGGCCGAGUGGAGGUCUCAUUUAAGAAGGCGACGCCUGAGGAGAAGAAGCUGCUACUCGAGGCCCAGCAGAAGGAGUGCACCUCAGUCCUCAGCACGAAGGCCGUCAGGAUCCUCAGCCGACAGGGGAUCGACCCGGCGCGCCUGCUGCGCUGUCGCUUCGUGCUGACCUGGAAGAAGGACACGCUCAAGACGCUGCAGCUGGAAGUGAUACAGUGCGAGCCGUGCGUCUGGGUCAUUCGAGACGGCACGAAGCUGGUUGGCAUGGUUAUCCUACACGUCGACGACAUGAUGAUCGCCGGCGACCAUCACAACUCGGCAUUCCUCAAGAAACGACAGCAGAUACAACAGGCCUUCGAGUGGACACCUUGGGAGAGCCGAGCGUUUGUGCAGUGCGGCAUCAGUAUUCGACAGAAUGAGGACUACACCUGCAGUCUCGCACAGGACAGCUACAGCCUGAACGUGGAGCCCAUCAAGAUACGACGUGGACGCAAGCCCACGGAAGGAGUUUCAGACAAAGAGAGAUCAGAUCUACGAGGCCGACUUGGUACAGUCGGAUGGCGAGCUCAGCAGUCGGCCCCGUGGCUCAGUGCAGAAGUCUCUCUACUCCAAGCGGAGAUACCUACGGCGACGGCCUCUACCAUCCAGAAGAUCAACAAGCUGAUCCGCACCAUGAAUGACACUGCCGACGUAGUCAUGCUCAUCCCGGCCAUCGAGCAGAUCGCUGUGGUUGGCUGGGGCGAUGCUGCCUGGGCCGCUCGCAUUACUGGCGAGUCCCAGGGUGGCGAGAUGAUCGUGCUGGCACCACUGUCUUUCCUGAGUGGCUCGACAGAGACGGUAGCGCUUAUCUCAUGGAGAUCAUGCAAGCUACCGCGAGUGGCCAGAAGCAGUACGAGUGCGGAGGUUCAAAUGAUGACAGAGACCCUCGACGAGAUCAGCUACGUGCGCCUGUUCAUCUACGAGUUAGAGUGCGGCCAAGUGGACUACACCAACAAGCAACACGUGAACGACGCCAUCUCAUCCUGCCCUGGCGUACUGGUCACAGACGGUAAGUCGGGCUACGACGCGAUCGAGAAGAGCGAGUCAGCUGGUCUCGGCCUACGUGACAAGCGGACGAGCAUCGAGUGUCUAGGCAUUCGACAGCAGAAGGAGCAGACGGCCCUCCAGAUACGCUGGGUCCACAGCGAUGCCAUGCUAGCCGACGGCCUCACCAAGGAUCGAGCCGCCAAGGUCUUGCUAGAGUUCUUCCGGUCAGGUCAGCGCUGGAGACUCGUGGACGACCCCCUGCACCGCAGUGCCAGGAAGCGCAAGACCGAGGGCAUGGACAGGCUGGACCACGGCAAGCCGUUAUCAGCAGACGACGAUGAAGCUAUGCUGGAGGCCCUGAUCUACUUCGCUCGCGACAAUCCCUACGAGCAGGCAGUCUUCAGCGCAGCGUACCACAGCGGCGACUUCACUUCCUCGCAGAUGUGCAAGGGCGUGCGCCUGAAGCGGGCCCGCAAAAGUACGAGUCAACUAAGCUAUGGCUUCAAAGCCACAGUCGCGCUCAGCAUGGACCACAAUGCCGGCUGUGAGGACGCCAACGAGUGGACGGUGAAGGCAAUAUUGUCCGACGUUAUGAAGGCACCGCGGCACGCUCGGAGCGGAGGGGUGCAGUCCGCCGCGCUGGAGGGCCACUGCGCCGGCGACCCACGGCCGGUUAGCAAGGGUUCGACUGGCAGUUUGCAGCGACGGCGGGUACGGACUUCACCAGCAAACCAUGACAUCUAGCGACCAGCUGUUGAUCAAGUGAAGGGCCUUGGAAACCACCGUAUGCAAUGUCAGGCUCUCCGCCGUGAUUCUGUCGCGUUGCCGGCGGAGGCCCUCCACGCGCAGCGGGGAGCCCCAUUGUUUAGGGAGUUACGCGCCCCAUUAUUUCCAAUGACCUCUCGCGUUUGACCCGCAGUCGGUCUCCUGCUGAUGCUGCCGCUCCUCCUCCUCCUCUCCCUCCUGCCCCUUUUUUUCCUCCCCAUCCACCGCAUACUUGUGCAUGGCGUGAGUUGUCUCACAUUCGAUAGAUUGCAUCAUUGUGUGACGCUGCCUGGUAGUAUGCUCGUGCCCGUGUACACUCUCCGAGCCGCGCCAGAGCGCUCGUCAGGCGGCCUGCUCGAGCUCGUGCGGAGUUCUGUGGAUAAUCUGGCUCCCAGUACCCUGCAUCUUCCUGCUUCUGCGGCUGCCCUCACUGUGUUGAGGCUUACUCCCGCAACGCGGCGCCGCGCCCGUGGCAAAUGCGCCUCUUUAGCGCGUGCACCUUCUGCUGCUGCGGGCGCGAGUCCGUCGACUGUUAUAGUACUGGACCCGCCGCAUGCCUCGGACCUUCACAUCGCCCGCAGCACGCGCGCAUUCCAUUUGGACUGACGCUAGGUGUGAGUAGUUGCGUAGUGCCUGCGUAUAUAGGUAUAUCUAUAUAGUUGGUCGCCUGGGCCGUAUCGGGAUCCGUAUUCGCACACGGCGUCAUUUCGUCUUGUCGGCCUUGCUGCGGUUCAGCCGCUCUUCCUGCUCCCCUCUGUUCUCUCCUUCCCCCUGGCCCCCGCCUUCUUGCUCCCACUCGCACCUCCUCUCCCCCCCCCUUUGUUUCACGAGGCUCGCCUGGCACCCUCGCCGUGGGGGGGAGGGGCUGCUUUCGGGAACCCUCCUCCACGGUGUGCUCCGCUCCACGGAGGGGGUGUCGGGCUCCGAACUCGGACGACGCCCAGCCGUGCGUCAGACCAGCUCCAUGCACGCCGCCGGCGCGUGCCGGCACGCGCAGAAGCGUCCCGUGGGUCUGGCUGACGCGGACACCCGACUUGCCCACACAGCGGACGCCAGGCACUGCUCCGUUUGUCCAAGGAGCGCCAGAUCGCGAACAGAAACUCGUUG